AUGGCUUCCCAGUCCCUCCGCAUCCUGCUCAUCGGCAACGGAGGCCGCGAGCACGCCCUCGCCUGGAAGCUCAGCCAGUCUCCCCUCGUCGAGUCCAUCAUCGCCGUCCCAGGAAAUGGUGGCACCGCGACCUGCCCCAAGGUGACCAACGACACCUCCGUGUCUGCCGAGGACUUCCCCGGCCUUGUCGCCCUUGCUCAGCAGGAGAAGGUCACCCUCGUCGUCCCCGGCCCCGAGGCGCCUCUUGUCGCCGGUAUCGAGACCUUCUUCACCAAUGUGGGAAUUCCGUGCUUCGGCCCCUCAGAGGCCGCUGCGCGCCUCGAGGGCAGCAAGACUUUCUCCAAGGACUUCAUGAAGAAGCACAACAUCCCUACUGCCGCCUACGAGAACUUCUCCGACUACGAACAGGCCAAGGCCUACAUCGACUCCGUCCAGCACGACGUCGUCAUCAAGGCGACUGGUCUGGCCGCCGGAAAGGGCGUCAUCAUCCCCACGACCAAGGAGGAGGCCCACCAGGCACUCAAGGAGAUCAUGGUCGAUCAAGCCUUUGGCUCUGCUGGCAGCGAGGUUGUCAUUGAGGAGUUCCUGGCUGGCGACGAGCUGAGCAUACUGUCCUUCUGUGACGGCUACACCAUCAAGUCCCUGCCUCCAGCCCAGGAUCACAAGCGCAUCUUUGACGGUGACCAGGGCCCCAACACUGGCGGCAUGGGAUGCUAUGCGCCAACGAACAUCGCCACACCUGAGUUGGUGGCACGCAUCGACAAGGAGGUCCUUGAGCCUACCAUUGCCGGUCUAAGGAGCGACCGCAUGCCCUUCAAGGGCUGUCUCUUCACCGGCCUCAUGAUCACACCCAACGGUCCAAAGGUCUUGGAGUACAACGUGCGUUUCGGUGACCCCGAGACACAGACCGUCUUGCCCUUGCUGUCAGAGGACACCGAUCUGGCCGAGAUUAUGCUGGCUUGCGCCAAGGGCUACCUGAGCUCCGUGGACUUCAAGGUGCAGCCCAAGUUCAGCGCAACCGUGGUCGUCGCCGCUGGCGGAUACCCCAACAGCUACGCCAAGGGGACUCCCAUGACGGUGGGAACCCCUGCCGCGGGCAGCGACAUCACCAUCUUCCACGCCGGCACCAAGCUGGCAGGGUCCCAGCUGCAGACAGCGGGUGGCCGUGUGAUUGCUGCCAACGCGAUCGGAUCCAGCCUCCAGGAGGCCGUGAAGAAGGCCUACGACGAGGGCAUCAAGCUGAUUCAGUUUGAGAACAUGUUCUACCGCAAGGAUAUUGCGCACCGUGCAUUCAGGAAAUCCGGCGCAACUCCCAGCGCAGGUCUUACCUAUGCUCAGGCUGGUGUCAGCAUUGAUGCAGGCAACGAGCUCGUCGAGAUGAUCAAGAAGGCUGUGCGGUCAACCGCCAGGCCCGGUGCCGAUGCAGAGAUUGGUGGCUUCGGUGGCGAGGUCGACCUCUCAGCCGCUGGCUAUCCUAAUGCGCCCAUACUGGUAGGCGCCAUUGACGGUGUCGGCACGAAGCUGAUCAUUGCGCAAAGCAUGAAGAAACACGAUACCGUCGGCAUCGACCUGGUGGCCAUGAACGUGAACGACUUGAUCGUGCAAGGUGCUGAGCCCGUCAUGUUCCUGGACUACUACUCCUGCAGCAAGCUUGAGCCGUCCGACGCUGCUGCCUUCGUCUCCGGCGUCGCCGAGGGCUGCCGGCAAUCUAAGUGCGCGCUGGUAGGUGGCGAGACGGCAGAGAUGCCCGGAAUCUACCACGGGGAAGACUACGACGCAGCCGGCGCAGCCAUCGGCGUCAUGCGCAAGGAGGCAAGGCUGCCCCGCCUGGCGGGCAUGGCCGAGGGCGACGUCCUCCUCGGACUGGGGUCCAACGGCGUGCACUCCAACGGCUUUUCGCUGGUCCGCCGCAUCGUCGAGCGGGCCGGAUUGACAUACACGGACUCGUGCCCAUGGGACAGCUCCGCGGGCUCCGUGGGCGAGAGCUUGCUGACGCCAACGCGCAUCUACGUCCAGCCGCUGCUGAAAGUCCUGGGCCAGAACCUGAUCAAGGGCCUGUCGCACAUCACAGGCGGCGGCCUGACCGAGAACGUCCCGCGGACGCUGCCCAAGACCCUGGCCGCCGAGAUCGACGUGGCCAGCUGGGAGGCCCCUGCUGUCUUCAAGUGGCUCAAGAAGGCUGGCAGCGUCGAGGCCAAGGAGAUGGCCCGGACGUUCAACAACGGCGUCGGCAUGGUUGCUGUUGUUUCUGCUGCGGAUGCGGACCAGGCUGUUAAGAUGCUCGAGGCUGAGGGUGAGAAGGUCUACAGGAUCGGUCGACUUGUGAAGAGGAGUGAGGGUGGUGAAGGAUGCGUCCUGAAGGGGCUGGAGUCCUGGUCUUAA